AUGGAGGGGAACCACAGAGUUAUGGUAGCAAUGCGAGUAAAGCCGCCAGGCGUUGUAGAUGCGCCAUGCCCGCACGCAGACGAGGUGUUCAGCCACCAUACGAACACACAGAUAUACAACGAGUUUGUGAAAAAGCACACGGCCAGCAUAGCGUUUUCCACGAUAUUCACAUACGGGAGAACGGGCAGCGGGAAAACCUACACAAUGUUUGGCGACAAGUGCAUGCCAGGAAUUGCAGAGCUUAUACUGAUAGAUGCCUUGGACGCGCACAAGGUUCUUUCUGUUCGGUGCAUAGAAAUAUACAACGAAGUGGCCACGGACCUUUUCACAGGAACGCCUAUUAGGAUCGUGCAGGAGAGCAAUGCGACCAGAAUAAUUAGCGAAACCCAGAUAACAAUAAAGUCGCACGAUGAGAUUGUGGAGAUGCUGGACACAAUUCGCAAAAAAAGGAAGACCUCUGAAACAGAGCACAACAUGGAAAGCAGCAGAAGCCACACUGUAAUAGAAGUGAACGCAGUUGACCUGGCCAUCAACCUUGUGGAUCUUGCAGGGAAUGAAAAAAUGGCAGAAAACAUAGACAGGCGGAAGGAGGGCAUGAUGAUAAACAAAAGCCUUUUGACCCUAGGAAAGGUAAUAGACCAGCUGCACACGGACACCCUGCAUGUCUCGUACAGGGAGUCAAAGCUGACAAGAAUUCUGCAGAACACGCUGAGCUAUGGGACAAUAGUAUGCAUGUGCACUGUGAUUGACCUGUCCGACCAUCUGACAAUAAAGUUUGCUGAAAGGCUGAAGCGAAUAAAAACGUCUGAAAGGCCCGUGGUAAAGUCUAAGGAUGAAAUCAUCCACGACCUAGUCCAGAAGGUGGCGUAUCUGACGGAGCAGCUGCAGAAAAUGGCCUUGGACUCUAAAGAAAAGUCUCCAGCCGAGGCCCCGUGCAUGGCUGCAGGAGAUGUAAGCGAGGAGGAAACAGUCGCCGAUAUACACAGGCCGCCGGCAAGAAAGGCCUUAGUGUGCAGGGAGGAGGGCUCCAGCGCAGAGCAAGAAAAGCUAACCGCGGUCGAAGUGAUCAAAAGAGUGGGCGAGCAGGAGAAGGGCCCAAUAUGCAACAACCUGUACGAGCUAAUAUACAGGUAUCUGAAGGGCGAGGUAGAGCAGGAGAUGGCAAACACGCUUACUUCGCAGGAAAUGAACCAAGUGCAUGUGACGUUCAUGCAGCAAAAGAGGGGCCUUCUGCACGGAACUCCCUUCCAGAGCAUUUUCAAGCUGUCUCGAACCGAGCUGCGGGACAAGAAAAGCAAGCCCUCAUCAGCGUGGGGGCGCCCGGACAUUUCCUAG